AUGUCUGCCACGUUUGUGGUGCGGAACUCUCACGACUGUCUCAUCUCCAGCGGCAUUUACUACGACAUGCCGACGACAGUGAGGCCGUAUUUCACUGCCACAUCUGCGACAAGCGCUUCCACCGGAAAGAUGUUUAUCAACGACAUCAACGAGUAUGAUAACAACCCGCAACACGGGCCUCAGUCCGACUCGCUGUCCAGUGACUGGCAACUUCCAGAGCAACGGGUGACUGAAAUGACGCAACAGCUUGCCGAUUCCCAAGGCCAGCAUGAUACGCAGGCGUUUCAUAGUAGUGAACAACCAGAUCUGCCAACAGACCAAUGCAGCCUUGAACACCGCGGUCCUACGGUUUUAGAUCAGUGGCAGUCCCCUGAGUCAGCCAAUAUCCGACAGCGAGGUGUGUGCGAUGAUGGUCAAGGCAUAGAGCAAACCUUUGAUUUAAUGCCAGACUUGGCGGACCUAAGGUUCUUUGACGGUGACACCUUUCGUGCAUCCAGAAUGGACUGGUUUGCAUGUGAUACUGAGUUUUCCGAUCAUCAAACCAUGGUCUCAAGAGACUUCAAUACUCCCGAUGCGCUCCCUGGGCACGGUCUUAUCCUUGGAACAGAACCGCAAUCUCUGAAUGAACUUGUUAUGGGUUUUCCCGAUUCUGCUUUAGCUGUCCACGCUCCGACUUCUGGAUCGGCCCCAGGACAAGAUCAGGAGAGCGAAAACAUCUAUGACAAUACCUCCGCUAGGGUGCCUGCUCAUGAUGAGCUUGAUCAAUCUCGUCCUAGUCCCAGCCAUCUCCGUCCCGGUCCCGAUGUAGUUAGCAACAAUGAAACCGAGGAGGUCUGGCCUGCCGUAUUAGACCGUGGUGGUAAUGAAAUGUGGCCUUUCGAUUACACCUCAAACAAGGGCUUUCGAGUUAUCAAACUGCCUCCAUUACGGCAAGUUCUGGAGGACACGGUGGCUCGUAGGCCGGCGAUCGAGAAGGCGACAGUGCUUGACCUCAUCAAAAUCCUCUCCAGCCCUCAUAUUCCUUCACUGAAUGAUGGUCCUAUCUUGGAAGCGCUGCCUGCCGUUGGAUUUCUAACUAAGCUAGUCAAGAUCUACUUCGACGAGUUCCACGCAGUAUUUCCGGUCAUUCACGUACCAACUUGGAAACUAGAGUCUUGCUCGACGCCUCUCCUGGCUGCAAUGGCUUGUCUAGGCGCAAAUCACUCCACAGCAGAGGGGUCGCAAGACGUUGCGGCUCUCCUAGCAGAAAUUACGCAACGAGCGUUGUUUUGGACGGGUCAAAUAGAUACCAAGGCUUUCAGGAGCACAGAAUACAUCGCAGCCAUGUGCUUUCACCACCUCUACUCACUCGGACUCGGCAACCGUCGCUUGUAUGAGCUCGCGGAGGCCUCAAGAUCUACGAUGCUCGCAAGUUUGCGUGGCAUGGGUGUCUUAUCCGAUAGCGUCGCCAGCGAGGACAAGGACACAGUUUCUUCGCAAGUGAAGCAUUUACAUAUCGCCGAACUCGAGCGCGCUUGGCAGGAAUGGCGCGAGAAGGAAGCUAAGUUAAGAGUGGCUUGGACAGUAUUUGAAUUCGACUGUACAAUUGCUACAAUGACUGGAAAACGAGGCGUAUUUAGUCUCAACGAGCUACCCCCUAGGCUGCCAUGCUCAGACAGCCUUUGGGAGGCUCCCACAGCGAAAACCUGGGCGUCAAUUCUCGCGUUCAACAACCAACCCGGGGCUUUUUAUCCUCUGUUUCAAAACCUCAUGGCGUCCAACACGCCUCCACGCUCACUACCAGCUUGGUCCAAAAGACUACUAGCACAGGCGCUUAGUCGUCUUCACACCGACCUCAAAGAACUCGAGGAUUGCUCGAUGCCUUCAAUGCUAGGCUUGGCAUCUCUUGCUGAGAGUCAAAGGACGAGCAGAAAAAGGAUGUUGGCAGCACUGUCCUCGCUUCACGAUUCCUUGUCUGCACCAAAAAGCACGACUGAGAUUGUGAGCAUGAACAUUGCCUGUUUGGGAGUUCAUUACACGCAUCUCAUCGACGGCAAUCAGGCCAUGGACCUGGUUAUCUUCCUGUUUAGGAAUUCGGGUCGCGAUCUGAGCCCAGCCUUGAGCAGCGAACUGAACAGAGCCAGGCAACAUUUGCAGGCCAUUUUCACACGCUAUCCGGUGGAUAUGCGACGAGCGGUCUCCCAUGCUGCAUCAGUCGUAGCAAUUACGCGUGAAUGUCCUAUCUUUACUCCAUGUGAAACGAUGCGGUUGUUCAACGCCUUUGCCUUCCUGUUGGCGUUCACCAAACUAUCAAGUGGUAGCAGCAACGAGGGAAGACCUGCCAUUCACCUCGAUGUCAUCCCUUGGCAGCGAUGUGAAGCGGAUGCACCUAUGUUCGAGUAUUGGACAAUCCACGGCGGGCCGGCGUGUAUUGGUGGAGUCGACGUUUGCGACAGCGGCAGUUUCGAGGCUCUGAGAGAUCUUGGACUCAAGGCGAUGCAUGAACUUCGUGUCUGGGGAUUAGCACGCAAAUUUCACCUGAUCUUGCAGAAUUUUGGCUGA